CGCACUUUUAUUUUAUUUUUUUCCCGAGGUUUUUCUGAGAAGCGUUUUGUUCUGAGCUCUCCUACUUUGAAAUGGAGGAGCCAACUCCACCCGCGGCAUCGGCUGCUGCCGCUGCCACCUCUGCCCAGCCAGUCGCAAAGAGCUCUGUCGACAACCUCAGCCGUGAGGAGUUGCAGCAGCAGGUGCGCAAGCAGCUCAAACUGCUCCAAAUGGCCAAGGCGAAGGUCGACGAAGCGAACGCCGAAGCUGCAGCGCUCAAGAAGCAGCUCGGCCAAGCGCAGGAGCAGCACCAGGCGGACGUCGCCAGUCUCCGUGAGCAGCACAGCGCAGAACUGGCUCAGCGGCAGACUCGGAUGGAAGACCAGCACGAGCACCAGCGCACAGCGGCCGAGGCCGAAGCGAACGGGCUGCGCCAACGCGGCGCCGCGCUCGAGGCCGAACUCGCCCAGCUGAAGGAGGAGCGGCAGCAGCAACAACAACAACAACAACUACAACUACAACAGGAUCACACUGCUGCUGCUGCUGCUGCGGGCGAGCAAGCGAGAUUGAGCGACGCGCAAGCCAACAAGCAGGACGAUGCUGCAGCGUUGAACGAAGCGCGCGCUGCUGCAGAGACCGCGAUGGCGGCUCAGACAGCGAUGAUGACCAAGCUGGCUCAGAUGGAGGCAUCGCACAAGGAACGCGCGGAGGCAGACAGGCAGACCAUUCAACAGCUGCAGGCCAGCGUUGCAUCCAUCCAGCAGACCGCCGAGCGCGCUCGACAGGACGCCGUGAAUGCUGAAAAGCAACUCGCCGCCGAGGCUGAGGAGCUUGCCAAUGCUGGCACAAACGCUCAGCGAUUGAGGGAGGAGGUCGCCAACAAGAGCGCAGAGCUUGCCGACAGCGCCGCUCGAAUUCAGCUGCUUGAACAGCAGGUGCUCCAGCUCAAGGCGGACGCGCAACAGCGACAGACGGCGGCCGCGAGCGAUGUCGCCGUCAAGUACUCUGUGAUGGCGCUCGAGAUGGCCGACCAGCAGAAGACGAUUGACGACAUGGCCAAGGAGGCCGCUGCACUUGCCGAGCAACUGCAAGCUGCGCAUGACACUGCUGCAAAGGCGCAGACGAGCGUUGACGAGCUGACAGUCGAGCUGACCAAUGCACAGACAGCCUCCACGGAAAAGGACGAGCGCGCCGGCAAACUCAAAAUGCUGCUUGUCAAGGCCAAGAAGGAGAUUGCCGAGCAAAAAGCUGGUCUCGAAGCUGCUGCAACGCAGCAAGGCACAAUGCAGACGAAAUGGCAAGAGGCAGAACAAAACGCGAACGCUCUGCAGCUCCAGCUGGCCAACGCGCUUCGCGACUAUGAAGCGCUCACGCAGCAGGUCGAGCACGAGCGUGCCGCCGCACAACGAACACAACAGCAGCUCGAGGAAAUGCUGGAUGCCACGAACAGCCGUGCAGAAAACUCCGAGGCCACGUUACGAGCACUCCAGGACGACUACAAGCAGUAUAAAAUUCGUGUGCACACGGUUCUCAAGCGAAACAAGGCCGCCGCCGCUGCUUCAGGUGUGCACGAAAGUUCAGGUGGGGAACCAGCUUCCGCAGAUGCUGCGACAGGCCACUCGGAACCGCAAAGCCCGUCGUCGUCACGACAAGAGCAGCAGCCACCGCAACAACAAGCUCAACAGCUGCUCGACCAAAUAACUGCGCUGCACGAUGAGGUGCAGCAACACCGCCAGCGAUCGCUGGAUCUAGCUGCACAGCUGACCAAGUCAGAAGCGGCUGUCCAGGAGCUCGAGGCUGCCGCAUCGCAGCACGCCCAGGAGCGCGAGCACCACCAAGACCAGCUGCGCGAACUGGAAUCAGAGCUCAUCCUGCGGAUGCAAACUGCCGAACAAAACCACGUCCAAGCGUUGGAGCUGGCAAACUCGGCCAGCGCCAAGGAACGUGAAGACUUGGCAAACGCCUAUCAAACGCGGUUUGAGGAGCAAGCCCAGCUCUUCUCGCGACGUGUGCUCGAGCGCGACAAUGAGGUUGCAACGCUUGAGGAACAAGUCGCUGCAUUGCGAGGCGCUGGCAACCGCGAAGCCCCUCAUGCUCGUGCGGAAUCGCCAGCUGGGCACGGCGCUUCGACACCCCAUCCACAGCCACCUGCGCCAACGUCGGCCAAGGAUGACCUCGCGCGCCUCAUUUCCAAUCUUCCGACAGCCAGUCUGGCCGAGGCCCAGCAGCAACAAUCGCCGGAAUCUGCGCAUCAUCUCCUCAAGAACGGAGACACCUCCGUCCCUCCUACGCCAACCAGCGUCACUGCCGGGAGCGAGGCGAGCGCGAUGGAUGCCAGCAGCGACUCGCGAGCAUUGAGCGGCACAGUCACUCCCAACACGAUGGCAGCUGCAGCAUCCGAUGCACUCGCCAGCGUUGCCAAAUUGCCGUUCACGACAGCGUGGUCGGCCAUUUCUAAACUUUCCACCUCCGUCUCUGGCGCGGCGGGACCCAUCGCCUCCGCUGUGGCAGGCCCAGGUGACUCGACCGCCAAGUUCCAAGAGGCGCAAGCACACAUUCGGUAUCUUUUGGACCUGCUCGAAGAGCACGAGCGCGCCGCAUCGCUCGGCAUCCAACAGCAGCACGUGCUCAAAGAAGAAAUCCGGCGACUGGAGCGUAACGAGGAGCGCGUGCGUCAAGAGCUCAAUCUCGAGUUUUUGAAAAACAUUGUCCUCAAGUUCCUCGAGACCAAAGGCAACGCGCGUGAGCAUCUCAUUCCCGUUCUCUCCAAGCUCCUCCAGCUCAGUCCCGACGAGGAACGCAGCCUGAAGAGCACUCUAGCUGCGCCGUCACUUUCUUCGCAAGUAGCCACUGCCGUCACCUCGGAAUCAACGUGGUCGGCCUCUGUCAACAGCUACUGGAGUCGAUGGGCUUCGUAACAUCGGGAUUUUGGAUUGUGUUUUGCAUUGUGUGUUUGUUUGUCUUUGUUUAUUUGUUUGUUUUCUUUCUUUCUUUUCGGUUUCAAGUGUGAAUUUCGUUUAAUUUAAAUCUCGUCAAAUGUG